AAAUCCAGCGCAUGCGCAAAGCUUCAUUUCUAUGACGCGCAGUUACGCGCGUUCUUCAAAACAGCGGAUAGAGGAAACGCUUCAGACUGUAAAUGUACAAAAACAAAUUAAUAAAGGACUACACAAGGAAGAAUACAAGUGCUCUUAACUGUCUUCUGCUGAUCACAUCACAGAGCAUGAGUGUGAUUUAAUCAUACUUAAGUGUUUUGAGGCCAGGAUGACAAGAGAAAAAUGGCAGGACAGGCUGAAGUCUGUGGAGCAGAGAGCCUCAUCUUUUCAGUCUUCUCCUCUGAGCUGUCCAUACAAGCCCCGUCUGUCCCAGCCGUGGCAGCCCUCCUCUGUCUGGAGACUCUUCCCACGGCAGAACACAGCCAUCGCCUUCACUCAGCACAUUAAACAGGACGUGCAUUUAUUUUCAAUGGAGAAGGAAGGCAAUGAUGCUGGACAGAGGAUUUUCCUAGUGACCAGCUACAGUGAACUUUGGCAUUAUUACAGCACUCACAGACAGUCUCUGAUGUACUGCUAUGAGGUUAUUCUGGAAGGGGCCGUCUGCAAACUUUACUUUGACUUAGAGUUCGACAAAGCCUCCAACACACACCUGGAUGGAAAGAUGAUGGUGUCAAAACUAAUCCAGUAUGUGUGUGAGAAGCUAGAGGAGGUGUAUGGUCUACGCUGCUCUGCAAAAGAUGUCCUUAAUCUAGACUCCAGCACUUCUGAGAAGUUUAGUCGCCAUCUUAUCUUCAUGCUUCCCAGUGCUGCAUUCAAAGACAACUCUCAUGUAGGGCGAUUUAUUCAUGAUAUCCUGCACCCUGCUCUAAAAAGCCUUCAAAAAAGCAAACCAGAGGCACCUACAACAGAAGUUUGUCCAAGAGAGAACAGAGUUGAUGUGGAUGGUCCUCAGGCCAAGAGAAGAAAGCAUGAAGAGAAGGAUCUUUACUUUCUUAUAGUGAAGGGCAAAAAUGGACAAGAACAACUUUUUGUUGACCUUGGUGUCUACACCAAGAACAGAAACUUCCGUCUUUACAAGUCCUCCAAACUGGGAAAGAAUGCAGCCUUUCGUGUGGCGGAAGACAACACGUUUGUCCCAAAGCCCUCCAAGCACACCACAAAAGAAGAAUGCAUAUUUUUAGCUUCCUUAAUCACCAAUAUCAGUUUCACAGGACAGAGGAUUUUGACUUAUGAUAUGCCACAGAAGAGUACAGCUGGAUCUCAGUGUUCGACACUUCAGAGAGAGUCACGCAGCUCUGAUCUUUUGGGUGAACAGAAGCCGUCUCCUUUUAAAGAGGUGGAUGAAUUUGUGCUGACGCUUGUGUGCAAGGAUGGCAUUCAAGGAAGCAUUCGGCGAUGGAACUACUUUGCAUCUGAACAGCUGUUGGUUUAUGAUAUUGAGAAAUUCCGCUGGUGCCACAACGUGGAGCGCUUUCACAAGAGCAAUAACAUCAUAAUUGUGGUGGAUCUCAAAGAAGAAGUGUGGUAUCAGAGAUGUCAUGACCCUGAGUGCAGGAGACAGAACUACAGAUCCUCAAGCUUCCCACUGCCUCAAGAGGUCUGCAUGAGUCACCUUCUGAUGGAGGAUGAAGAGGAUCAGGCAUAUUUAACGGAUGAACUGGGGAACAUUGAGCUUGCCCAGAGCUCUGUACCCAAGACUGAUUCAACAGAGUCCUCCUCGGCUCCUCAGGCUGAGAAGGCUGAGGAUUGGGGAGAGUGGCCUGAUGACCCUGCUUACCUGGAAGCUCUGCAGGAAGUAGAAAGGGCCACCGAAGAGGUACCUGAUGAGCUUCUGCUCCAGGCAGUGACUGAGUGUGAAUGAUGGCCUUGAAACCUAAAAGUUUCUGGAUGGAGGAUGUCAUCUGGAUGUCAUUAUUAACAAAUGGGUGAAAUAUCCGAAGUUCUUUCUUUCUUUCUUUCGUUCUUUCUUUCUGUGUGUACAUUAAACUGUAAAAUAUGGUCUUAAAUUCUGUUUUUUGUAAAUGUUCAAAGAUGAUUUAUUUCCAUAAAUUAUUUUAGAUUAUAUGACUUGGGAUAUUGCAAGUGUGUAAAAUGUAUUAGAUUUUAUAUACAUAGAUGGAUUAAUUUAGAAGCACAAUACUUGUUAGCCUGGGUAAAUAAAAAUUUGAAAUAAUACAAAAUAAUCUGUGCACAGGAAUUUGUGUGUGUAUGUAUGUAUAUUAUAUUAUAUUAUUAUAUACAUAUUGUAUUAAACAUCUAAUACAUUAUAAAUCAUCCUGUAUACAUUUAAUGCAGAAGAAAUUUUGCUUAUGUUAAAGUACAUUACAAUAAACCUUAUAAAUUAUACAACAGUCAAAUAGGUCUGAUUGUGGACACCUUUGACCCCUUUCAAGAUCCUCAUAUGGAUUUGAUGUCAUUUGAUGCAAAAUGACAAAUUAUUGUGACAAGUUAGAUAGAUGGAAAACUGAUUUCGUUACUUUUCUGGUUCAUAGUAUCACAGUAAAACAAUAAAAAAAUGUAUUAUCAA